GAAUUGUCAUCCUAGUAUUUUGCAACUACUGUUCUUUGAAGACUUUAUCGUUUCUCUCUCUAAAAUUCAAAAAUAGAGAUACCAGAGCGUGUGGGGAUCAUUGUUGAAUCAAUGAAUUCUCUCAUUCAUCUCUCACCCUUCUCCUUUUGAAUUUUCAAUUCAUUUUCCCAUUUUCUCAAUUCUUGUUUCCUUUUUAGAAUCUUCUUCUAACCUUCUUCACACAAGUUGUUUCUUAAUUCUAAUUUGAAAUUGUUUCUAAGAUCUUUGUUCCUUUGUUCUUUGUUUUGUUACAAAGAUACCUUAAAUUUUGUUUUGUUUGUUCUUUGAAUUGUUGAUGAUAAUUUUCUCAUCUAAAGUUAGCAUUCAAUAAACCAAUUUCAGUUUUCUGAAGUUGGAUCCCAUUUCAGAUUGACCCAUUUAUUAACUACAAAAUUAAAUCCUCAAAGUUUGAAUUUUUUUUUUAUCAUUGAUCAAUCCAAAUUUCCAUUUUUUCCAGUGAUAAUAGGGUUUGUGAAUUUUGAUCCAAUUUCACCUUUACCCAUUUAUAACCCACAAAAUAAAUUUCUCAAAGUUUUGAUUUUUAUCAUUGAAUCAUUCAAAUUUCAAUUUCCAAUGAUAAUGGGUUUGUGAAUUUUGAUCCCAUUUAUAACCCAAAAAAUCAAAUCAUCAAAGUUUGAUUUUUUAUCAUUGAUCAAUUCAAAUUUCAAUGGGUUUGUGAAUUGUGAUCCCAUUUCAUCUUUAUCCAUUUAUGACCCAAAAAAUUAAAUCAAUCAAAGUUUGAAAUUUUAUUGAUAAUUUAAGAUUUCAAUUUCCAUUGAUAAUGGGUUGUGCAAAUUCCAAGCAAAAAAGAUGUAAACAUUGCAAAACUCCUUUUUCACCAGCUCCAAGAAGUUAUUCAAUGCAUGUUCAUCACCAACCACAAAUUGAAGAAGAUGAAGAAGAUGGUUACCAUGUUGUGGCACUCACUUCAACCACAUUAGGGACUCUCAAACUCAAUUCCCCAUCUUCAAAUAGUAUUCAUGAUUUCAAGUUUUCCAAUGGGAAAUUUGAGGAGAAUGAAAGUUUCAGGUUUCAUAAUGAAACUUUAUUGCAAAAACUCAAAAGGGAGAAGGAAAAAGAGAAAAGGGAAGAAUUGGAAAGUGAAGAUGAUGAUAAAGUGAAACAAUUUUCAAUGGGGUUGAUUGAAGCUAAAUCUUGGUCUAACAUGAUUGAAGAAAAGUUGACAAAAGUGAUUCCAAUGACACCAACAAGAACACCACCCGGCGAACCGGAAACCAUCAACACAUGGGAAUUAAUGGAAGGUCUUGAAGAUAUAAGUCCUUUUAGAUCACCAAAUCACUUCAAAAGUUUCUCUUUUGAUGUCAAUGAUGAUGUUGGUUUCUACGUCGAACCCCGGAAGUCGAAUGCAACUCCUUCUCCUAAACCAAUGUGGCUUGAAAUGACAGAAGAAGAAUCAAAACUCAACCCUUCAAUAACAGAUUUUGAUCCAGAAGUGAUUUCAUCAUUCAAAAAGUCCUUACAACAAUUAUCUCCUAAUAGUCCUUUUCAUCUACAAGGGAUUAAAAGUGGUGUUUCAUUAGAGGAAAAGAAAAUGAAAGAUGAUGUUUUUGUUGUGGAUGAUAAGGUUGGUGAGAAGAACAAGGUUGUUUUGUACUUUACAAGCUUAAGAGGUGUGAGAAAAACUUAUGAAGAUUGUUGUCAAGUGAGGAUGAUUCUUAGAGGGUUAAGAGUGAAAGUUGAUGAGAGAGAUGUUUCUAUGCAUUUGGGAUUCAAGGAUGAGUUAAAAGAGCUUUUGGGUGAUUUGUAUAGUGGAGGAGGAUUGCCAAGAAUUUUUGUUGGUAGAGAUUACAUUGGUGGAGCUGAGGAAAUUAAAAAACUUCAUGAAGAUGGGAAGCUUGAGAAAUUGUUGGAUUGUUGUGAGAAGAUUGAGGACAAUGAUAGAGAAUGUGAGAAUUGUGGUGAUAUAAGGUUUGUUCCUUGUGAAACUUGUUUUGGAAGUUGUAAAAUUUACUUUGAAGGUGGUGGUGGUGAAGAAGAAGAAUGUGAUGAUGAUGGUGAAGCGGGCGAGUAUGGAUUUGGACGGUGUCCGGAUUGUAAUGAAAAUGGACUAAUUCGCUGCCCCGUGUGUUGCUACUAGUCGUGGUUUUGAAUUGCAGUUACAGUUGCAUUAUACUGUAGAACUUUAUAUUGCAGGAAAAUGCAGUCGACGAGUCGAAAUUGUGGUUGUGAUACUAUUAUGAAUUGCAAACUGCAGUUUAGAACGAAGCUUCAAGUUACAUUUUACUUAUUGAUUGAAAUCAAAUUUUGAGUUAUUAUCAUUGAGGGUACUUUGUAUUUUUUGGUGAGAUUUUGUGUAUAGUUGAGUCUUUGAUAUGAUAUGAUGGAUAGAGUGAAUAACAUGUUCUUAUCACUCACUCUGCACAACCAGUGUAAUUUGUUGCAAAGUGUAUACUUUUCAUUUCUAUUUUUUCAGAAAAAGAGAGAAAAGUUUGUAUACAAUUUCCUUUAUGUAAAAUCUUAAAGAAUUGCAAAAGAGAAUUACAAAUACAAAGUUAAACUUA